CUCGAUCUGAACAUCUGACCUUCCUCAAAUCCGACAUGACAGCAACAGAGGCAGCGCCCACGGCCACGCCGGAAGCCGUGAAGCCGGAGGCCGCCGCCUCCUCUCUGGUCGCAGACGACUCCUUGUCAGAUGAGGAGCUGCACGCCCCAUCCGCGGCCGCUAAGAAGAAGAAGAAGAAGAAGCCCAAGAAGAAGAAGAAGGCCAUUGGCGGUGUGCCCCCCGAGACAGUGCCUGUUCUCGCCGAGACAGCGGAGGAGGCGCAGCGCUGGGAGGCGCAGCUGGUCCGCGGGGCUAAGAUGUUCUCGCUGCCGCCUUGGCUGCUCAACGACAGUGAACGCGAAAAGCUCAACACCUUCCGCACGCCGGCGUGCGCGGGUUUCGCGUUGAGGACGCCUCGACUUGUCCUGCGACAGGUCGGGCUCGGAGAUACGACAGCGAUUCGCCGCAUCAAGAUGGAGCCAGUCGUGCAGAAGACGCAGUUAUACGGCUCGCCUGCUGCCGCAGACAUUCGUGACUCGUUCCAGCGGCGCUACGUUGCAUCCUCGAUUCCAGCGCUGGAUCGCGGUGGCGCCUGGCGCGACGAGUGGGUGUUCGCCAUCACUGCGAAGGACCCUCCAUCACUCAAGCUGGCUCCCGGCACCAACCUUCGCAUCACGAACCGCCUGAAGGACGCCGAAGGAUACCUGGGCAACUUUGCGCUGUCCAUCUCGACGCACCCGCACGCACCUUCCCUCGGCCCACGCCGCGGCGAGGUGUAUACACACCCGUCGUUCGCGGAUACGGCCGCGGCUGCGCUCGAAGGCAAGCUGUUCUACGAGCUGCACCCCCAGCUGUGGGGGCAGGGGCUCGCGAGCGAGGCCUUCGCUGAGGUCCUGCGCUUCGCGUUUGAGGAGGUCGGGUGUACACGCGUCAGCGCGGAUCCUACCACGACCGCCGAGGCGAGUAUCGCGCUCUGCAAGAAGUUUGGGCUCAACUUUGUGCGCCAGGAGAAGAACAAUGCUGGCAAGCCACAGCUGUUCCAUGAGAUCACGCGGGGCGAGUGGUUCAAGAAGUUCCGCGGUAUCGAGGGCAAGAUUGUCGCGGGCGCGAGUGCCAAGAUGGCUAGCAACGGCGAUACGCACAAGCACAGCCACGAGCACGAACACGGUGAAGACUGCGAGCAUGACCAUGACCAUGACCACGACCACGACCACGGCCAUGGCCAUGAGCAUGGGGACGACUGCGCACAUGACCACGACCAUGACCACAACCACAGUCACGCAAAGGCCCAUGACCACCCCCACAAACACCACCACGGUUACAAGCACGGUCAUGAACACGGCCAUGGCGGCUGCGACCACGACCACCCCCCGCCCCUUCCGCCAUCGGCCACUGUCGAUGUCGGCCCUGGGCCUUGGGCCGGCAAGGAGGUGUGCCGCUGGUGCACUGAUUUCCGCACCCGGCCGGUAAUUACGUGCAAGUGUGGAUGGGCCAAGUACUGCUCGCGCGAGUGCCAGCGUGCGGAUUGGGUGUGGCGCGGUGGACACCAGGGACAGUGUGAUGCGCAGACGGGCGUGCAAAAUGCGGAUGGAGAGUAGAGAGAGACACUCAUGUGCGUGUCCAGGUCAUUAAGAGAUGUAGGAGACAGACAAGUACCCUUUUCAUGUAUACCCGGCAUCUAGCUGCUUGUUUAUUAUCCACAUCGUGUACAUCCCGUUCAGAUCCGCGGUGAGCUUGGACGGCUCACCUCAGCGAAGCCUGCGUGCGCCGGUCAGCUCAGCGCCGCCACGAUGCGAUGCAUCGCGGGCGCGAGCUGCUUGCGCGUGCUGUGUGCGUUGCCCUGACGCC